GGCUCUAGAUUCGUUCCCAGAAAUGGCUGAGAUCGAAGAAAGUCAGCCACGUGCUUGCUCCUCUUUGCCGCCUUCAUUGCACAUCUGCUCCUUUCCUGGUUGUUCAAAAACUUUUAGUCGUCCUGAUAGAUUGAAAAUUCACUUACGAUCACACACUGGAGAGAGACCAUUUUGCUGUGAAGAGGAUGGAUGCACGAAACAGUAUGCAAGAGCAUCACAUUUAAAGAGGCAUCAUGAGAAGAGUCAUCAGAAGCAACCAAGUCCAACAAAAAUCAGAUGUAAAGAGGAAGACUGCAAAGAGCUUUUCUCUUCAUACAAUAAUCUGAAGAAACACAUUAUUCGUAUCCAUGAAUCAAGACCGUAUAAGUGUAUGCACACAGGCUGUGGGAAGGCAUUCCGUAAACACCAGCAUCUGAAGGUCCAUGAGUUUGAUCACACUCAUGUCAAUCCUUUUGUGUGCCCUGUGGAGGGAUGUGGGAUGAGCUUUCGUUUCCCCAGUGUAUUAAAACGCCAUUCCAAGGUCCAUGAAGGAUACCCAUGUGAUGUGGAUGGAUGCACUGAAGUUAUGAAAACAUGGACUCUAUUGAUAAAACAUAAACAUCUUCAUCACACCAAAGUGUUCACUUGUAAGGAAUGUGGAAGUAUAUUCAGAAAAUCCAACAUCUACCAACAACACAUGAAAACUCAUUCACCAGAGCGGUUACUGUUUUCAUGUCCUCGAGAUGGUUGUGAGAGAUCUUACCUGGACAAAAGGAAUCUCAUGGCUCACAUAAGGUCUUUCCAUGAUGGACAAAAAUUUACCUGUGAGCAGUGCCAGAAGCAGUUUUCUGCAAAGCAAAAGUUACAUCAACACAAAAAAACUCAUGAUCCAUUGUAUUGUAAGCCAAAGCCGAAAGUCAGACUUAACACCCACAGAAAAAAAUCAAAACUAGAAAAAUUAACAGGAUACAAAAGGGAAACUUGUGUUGGAGAGCUCUCGGAGACUGUGAUGGUGGAAGAUCGAAAUUCACUGGAGAGGACCUCAUACUCGGACAGUUGUCAUUCAAGUCAGGAGUCCUUACUAGCUAUGGACUCCUCAAACCUUGGGAGUCAUGUGACAGUGAACGACAGUGUAACAUGUGAAGAGGACAUGAUAGUGACAGAGAGUCCUAUAGACAUGUGUAGGGAAGCACCGGGUCCUUCCCACACCCAGUCUUCCUCUGAAUCCUCGUCCCCUGGGGACAUGGACAGUUCAGCAGGCCCCAGCAAGAGCAGUUCUGUACCUAACUCUGUUGUUUGUUCGCCACAGGAAAGUCAUCAACUGCAGCAUAAGUGCAGAUAGGUUGCAUGCCCAUUUGUGUUGUUUUGUUUCCAGACAGACUGUUUUGUAAUGUUUCUGUUCAGUUGAGUUUAUGUUAAUUUUAAUUAAAAGAAAAUUUCACAGAACGCUUGUAUUUAUAUGACAUGAUUGAUAAAAAUACAUAAGUUUAGAGUUUUUAUAGGCUUAAAUUGAGGUGAUAUGGAAACCCCUCAAUAUUAAUGUGGAUAACAGAUAGUCAAAUUACUGUUAUCAUUUUAAAAAUUUUCAAUAUUUGACCAAAAAUAUGUUUUAAAACUUUUUUGAAUGGUAAAAAUUAUUAAAGCCCCAGUGGGAUUCAAACUCAUGACUUACAGAUGUGUAGAUAAAACUUUAACCCAAUGUGCUUUGCUGUUAGGUAACAAAUUUGGGAAAGAAAAAUAUUAUAGAAUUAUACUUGAUUUAAUUGUUUAUCUUGAUAGGAAUUAUGCCACAAUACAUGUAUGGUCGUGUUCCAUACCACCUUAAAAGAAGACAGAGAGAAAACUAAUUCUGCGGAAAAAAGAAACUGCAUUAUUUGAUAUAUGAAAAAAACAUUUAAAAAUUACAAUGAACAAAUUUUAUUUUUUGUAAUACUGUUAAUACAUGUAUUCGUAACAACAUCUCAUAACACAUUAAUGUCGACGUUGAAUAACGUCAAUUUCAGCACACUCAAAAGUCACUGUUAUUUGAAAUUGAAUUAACAAAUUUAAUAACGAGUAUGACCACCAUAUGGGUUCACGCAUGCUUGACAGCGACGCCUCAUUGAUGCCACUUAAGUGUUCAGAAAUGCUUGAGGGGUGUUGUUCCAGAUGUUGGUAAAAGCCUGGCCUAAAUCAGCCAAUGUCACUGGCUGAUUUGGUAAACGGCGUAAACGUCUUUUCAUUUCAUCCCAGACAUGCUUGAUCGGCGACAAAUCGGGGGAAACAGCUGGCCAAGGCAAGACAUCGACAUUCUGUUGAACAAACAAGUCCUUGACUACACGUGCAACGUGUGGCCUUGCGUUGUCUUGCUGCAGAGUGAUGUGAUUUUGAUGUCUCUGUAUGAAGGGUAUCACAUGACGCUGAAUAAUUUCAUCUCGAUGGCGUACGCUGGUGAGAUUUCCAUUGACAAUUUGUAGAGGGGUCCUUCCAUGUGCUGAUAUUCCACCCCACACCAUAACGCUACCUCCACCAAAUUGUCGACAUUGCACAACACAAGCGUCCUGGUAACGCUCCCCAACGCGACGAUACACCCUACCACGGCUGUCACUGCUAUCCAAAUGAAAUCUGGAUUCAUCAGUGAACAGAAUAUUGGCCCAGUCCUGUAUUCUGAAUCGCAGAUGUCGUGUGCACCACGCUAGUUUGGCGAUACAAUGACAUUGAAGCAGUACUGGGCGCACCGCUGGACGUUUUGGUCUGUUGUUUUGCUCACACAGACGAUUAUGCACAGUUCUUGGACUAAUAGGUCGAAGCCCUGCAAUGCUACGAGCAGUCAAACUUGCUGUCUGGAAAUGAUUUCUCAGAUGCACAAGUCUAAUGUGGUUGUCCUGUUGACGUGACGUCACACAAGGUCGCCCAGAGCGCGGCUGAUCCUGAGUGUUGCCAGAUCGUUGAAAAUGUCUCCAUAAUGACUGGAUGGUGUUCCGAUGAACUCCAAAGUGUCUUGCUACAGUAUUUUGUGCCACUCCAGCUUGCAGCAUCACAACAGCACAGUUACAUUGGUUUUCGUUGAGUUGUGGCAUGACAUAGGGGUAAAUUUUGUUGAAACUAAAGUGAUUUCCUUAACAAAAAAAGUUUAAACAAAUCCUUUACAGUUCUUAUUCCAAACAGUAUUGGCCCGUAAAACUCAUGCGUACAAAUUCUUCAAUAAACAACAUGUGCUCACUUACCAUGAAAAGUCCGUGCACCCGGGCGGUUACCAUCCGAUAUUGUCAAAAACAUUACCAUUAUCGAUUGUUUAAAUUUUAUAAAUACAAACAAUAGAUAU